CAUACGCAGUCUAAAAUGGGCGGAGUUCAGAUGGGAAUAAAAGCAGUGCCGUUCAGCCAGAGCGCACACUGUCCUGACACUAGACUGCUCUCACCAGGUCGGCACUUGUCUAACUCUGAAGUCAGCGUUUCAAAGGCACCUUGUCUUUGGAGGCAACUUGUUUUUGGAAAUCCACGCGUUUGUUUGUGUCCGCAUUUCCUCGUGAAGAAGAUGAUGACUCGCUCGCGCUGUGUUACUCUGCUGCUGUUAGUGCUGUGCGGAGCCGCAGAGUUUGCCGAAGCCUGCAGCUGCACUCCUGAACAUCCUCAGCAGGCGUAUUGCAAUGCGGAUGUCGUCAUCAGAGCCAAAGUGGUUGGACAGGAGGAGGUGGUCACUGGUAAUGAUACCUACGGCAACCCAAUCAAAAUGAUCCGAUAUGACGUCAAACAGAUAAAGAUGUUUAAGGGUCCUGACGGAGAUAUUGAUGCCAUCUUGACGGGCCCCUCAUCAGCUUUGUGCGGGGUCAGUCUGGACAGCAGUGGCAAAAAGGAAUACCUGAUUACUGGUAAUAAGGAUUCAAAUGGCACACUGCGUAUAAAUCUUUGCAACUACAUUGAAUCUUGGGAGUCUCUGAGUCUGACACAGAAAAAGAGCUUUGGUCCACGCUACCAGAUGGGCUGUGAUUGCAAGGUCGUCCAGUGUCCUACGAUUCCCUGUUCCAUUCACGACAACGCUGAGUGUCUUUGGACUGAUUGGGUGGUGGAGGGAACCGUUCAGGGCACACAGGCUCAGUACUACACCUGCAUUAAGAGGAGUGACAGCAGCUGUGCCUGGUACCGUGGAUCUGCCCCACCUAAAAAAGAGUUCAUGGACACUGAAGAACCAUAAACAAGUCCUCAGCUCAAUCUCUCAUUCAGAAAAUCCCCCACAACACAGUUUACCUGACCUUAAACUCACACCUUAAUCCUGCUUAUGCAUUGUAGAGCUCAUGAAACCUGUCAAGAAUGUGUUUGGGCCAUUAAAGAGUCAACCCGAAAUUCAAAGGAAAAAUAUAUAAUAUGGUAAUAUUUUUGUAUGAAUGAAUGAAUUAAAAAAAAAAUAAUAAUGAAUCAUAUUUUACAUAUAGAGAAAAUAAAGUUUAAAAGAUCAUAAAAAUGCCCGUCGUCCACUUUUCAUUAUGGUAUUCCAAAUAUAUAUUCUCAUUACUGUAUUACAGUAUUUAGAUCAUAGAGAAUGAGAAUUACAAACAAACUAAUAAAGUAAAACAUCCAGACGAUGGAAUGAGGAUUAUACUAGAAAUAUAAUGCAAAAUAUAAUGUAUGUGUGAUAUUUUCCCAGGCGUGAUAGAAUGCAUACAUUUGGUUGCAUGUUAAUAUAUGAAGUGAAUCUUACCUCUAGUGACAGGCAGAAAGUUUUUUCUUUAGCACUUUGAGGACGCAAGUGUUUUUUGCUAUAUUUUUGCUCUCCAAUAAAGAGGAAAUUGGUUACAACAUUGUUUUUCAGUUUCUCAAGCAUAGAUUGAGCAAAGAGAUUUUCAUCCUUUAUGCUGUCAAUUUUGUUCUUACAGUGUAAAGCAUAAAGACUGAAGUAAUUGUGCCAUAUAUAUUACAUAUCCCAUACUUUGUUUGUAUUAAUUCAUAGUUUUGACUUAACUAUUAUUCUAAAAUGGAGAAAGAUUAAAGAUUUGGUAUGAUAGUCAGAAUUAGUAGGUAUCUCCAGAUCUUUGCUAGGUAGUGUACACCAGAAAGUGAAAUGAGUUCAUGGGUGUCUAAGGAAUGUAAAUCAUAAGUGAGAUGUAAAUUCUAUACUGUACUGUGCAUAUAGCAACAUACAUAGAUCUGGCGAUAAUUUGUGUAUUUUGUAAUAUAUACAGGAUUUUCUAAUUUAUAUCAAAAUGAUUCUUCUUUGAAUGUGUCCAGAAAUAUAUGCAGUUGUAUGUGCAGUGUUGUUGUUGAUGUUGUUUUUUUGUUUUGUUUUUUAUAGUAAUGUGUAAUAGUAAUAGCUUUUAUUUUAUGAUCCUGCAUUCUUCAUAGCAAAAUACAUUUAUUAAGAGUUAUGUCUAGUAAGGCUUAGAUAUGUUUUAGAUUUUUUUCCCCCAUGAUAUUUUUUGUACAUUUCUUUCACUUGUGUUUCAUCCUGUUUUGAAGUAGUUUCGAGAUUUCCAGUGCUGGAACCACUCGGGAAGACUUGUUGAGAGAUAGCCUUUGCAUGCCUUUUAAAACUUAUUGAUACCCAUUGUGAUAACUGUUAUGAUAUUCAUGAAUAAAGGAGCAGAAAUGUCCACUGAACAAUUAA